AUGAACUCAAGACCGCCCCCAGGCAGCGGUAUGAUACUGCGUGCUUACAACGCGAACCUGCGUCCUGUCGUCAUUGUGGUCGCACUGUUGUCUGCAGUGUGGUCACUCUUUUCAUGUGUUGUCCUUGUGCUCUUUGCAGACCAUUCGUCCUCAUGCGAUAUAGAGGGUUACCCAAAGCUUGGCACAUUCGCUAUUGUCCUGGGCUCAAUAUACGCAGUGACAUGUGGAAUCGAAAUAUUCGGCGUUACGGCGGCCUCGCUCCAACGAAUGCCGAUGGCACGGCUAUAUGCGCUGUUGACCGUUGUGAGCGCGCUGGCCAUUGUAGGAGCGGGCCUAAUCAGGGUCAUCGUGCACUUCAUGCUGAAGAAUGAGCUCAUAGACGAAUGCACCAAGAUCGCCAAGGGCGAUACAGUCAUUGAACAAUUCGGUUUCUGGGGUCCGACGUUCGAGACGAAGCUGAACCAGUCCGAGGCAAACACAUGUGAGACGCAUCCUGUCCUCGCGUCCGCAGUGCGCUUACGCCCACACGCAGACUGCCACAAGACAUGGAGCCAUGAUUCCUUCGUCGAGAUCAUCUCUUUCAUCAUCGAGAUCUGUGCGUGUCGCUCUCCCUCUCCUCUCGUCCGCGCCCCGCUGACGCACGUGUUCAUCCCCAUGCAGUCAUCACCGCCUUCUUCAGCUCGCUCGCCUUCGCCUACUCACACCAGCUGCACGACCCGGCUAGCCCUGCGAAUGUCACGCGCGCCCCCGUGA